CGUGUCUUUUAUGCGGAAAUGAAAGCCCCAAAUUUUUUUCUCUACCGUUUGCAAUUUCUCCACAUCGAUUUUUCCUCAAUCUUUUUCCACUUCCUCUUUCUAAUUCACCCUUUUUAAAAAAAACUUACCCCUGAUUCCUCCCAGAAAACCCUAGUUAGCUUCCAUGGCGUCCAAGAAGAAGCACUCAGAGGGCAUCGCGUUGUUGUCCAUGUACAACGACGAGGAAGACGAUGAAAUGGAGGUCGACGAAGAAGAUGUAAGAAUAGAUAUGGAAGAAGAUGCCGCGGCAGAUGCGAGAUUUGCAGCGGAGGAAGAUUCCGCCAAUAGAACAGCGGUCCAUGAUUCAGGUAAGGAGGGCGCUGAUGAGGGGGCUUCAACGCCGCAGAAUAACCAUUUUGUUUCUCCACCGCCGGAGGAACCCAGGAUUAGUCGGAAAGGAGCGCUUACGAUAGUUGAUUAUGGGCAUGACGAAGUUGCGAUGUCACCUGAGGAGGGGGAGAUAUAUGGUAGCGGUCGAGUCAUGUUCGGGGACCAGCUUCAUGUCACCAAUGGGGAUUUACUGGAGAGAACACCAUUAGGAACAGUCCAAGCUUUGACACCUAGCAAUCAAGCUAACACGACUCAAUUAUCCGAACCAUUGAAAUCUGAUACCUUGAACAAUGAUGAUGUCAUCAAAUCUCAUGAUGCAGAAUUGGGUGAAGAUGAUCAAAGAUAUGUAGAUCCAUUGGAUAAAUUUCUUCCUCCCCCACCAAAAACUAAAUGGUCAGAGGACCUACAAAGAAAAAUAAAUAAAUUCCUGGAGUACAAGAAGGCUGGAAAAAGUUUUAAUGCAGAAGUUCGUAACAGGAAGGACUAUCGAAACCCUGACUUCUUACUGCAUGCAGUGAGGUACCAGGAUAUUGAUCAAAUUGGGUCUUGCUUCAGUAAAGAUGUAUUUGAUCCUCAUGGAUAUGAUUCAAGUGACUUCUAUGAUGAAAUAGAAGCUGAUAUGAGGCGUGAAAGUGAGAGGAAAGAGCAAGAGAAGAAGAAAGCACAGAAAGUUGAAUUUAUUGCAGGGGGCACGCAGCCAGGAAUUGUAGCUAGCGCUCCUAGGAUUAGCAUGCCUGUUGCAGGUGCUUCUGCUGUGACUGCAAGUGGUUUGCCUUUGGUGCCUCCUGCAGCUGAUUCUCGGGAUGGUAGACAGAAUAAAAAGUCAAAAUGGGAUAAGGUGGAUGGUGAUAGAAAAAAUCCUCUGCCCUCUGCGGGGCAGGAUUCUGUAUCUACUAUUGGGGCUCAUGCAGCACUUUUAUCUGCUGCUAAUGCGGGUGGUGGAUACAUGCAAUUUGCGCAACAAAAACGGCGGGAGGCAGAGGAGAAAAGAUCUAGUGAAAGGAGGUUGGAAAGAAGAUCGUGAGCCAUUCAUAGUGGCCUGUUGUAGCGAACAUCACAUAUAAGUAAAGCCGUCGUUGCUGAGAUUUUUCUGAAACAUUUUUGUAUUUUAAUUAACUUUGGCAAUGAUAGUUGGCACCUACUGUAUAUUCUCAAACUUGAAAAGAAAGUUCUUAUUCUAACUGAGCAUUUAGCUGGAAUAAUUCUUCCAAUUCCGGUACUUA